CCAAUAAAUUGGGUGAGAAGAAAAUACGCUAUGGGAAAUUAUAUUAGGUUUAACAUGUAGCGUAGGCUACAACGUAAUGCCCAUUUAAUUACCAAUAUUUAGGAUUUUAAGGGGUAGGCUACAGAAAACAGCAGUGGGGUGUGUGUUUUAACUGCAACGUUCAGCAGUUCAUGCACCGGAAUCUGUGUACCUUGACCUACUACUUUCUCAAACAAGGGGAAGUUAACUUUUUAUUAAAUAGUGCCACGUUAUGCACGUGGCAGGAAGAAAUACAUAACUUCAAUCCUAAACUGACGGUCUCUUUGAAAGUAUGGCAUCUGCAGGCUCUCCCCUCAAGGUCCACGCAGUGCGCUUUGGGCCGGGACAGGAUUUGCUGUGCUCCCUGCUGGCAUUCGUGGAGGAGAGAAACCUCAAAGCGCCAUUCAUCAUCACCUGUGUGGGUAGCGUAACCAAGGCAACACUCCGGCUGGCAAACGCCACUGCAGGGAAUACCAAUGAGGUGAUCCAUCUUGACGAUCGCCUUGAGAUCGUGUCGCUGGUGGGCACACUGAACAAGGAAGCUCACCUCCAUAUCUGCCUGGCCGACAAGGAGGGGAAGACGGUGGGAGGACAUGUACUGGGGGACCUGGAGGUGUUCACCACGGCUGAGGUGGUCAUCGGUGAGGCCUCUGAUCUGCUGUUUGACAGACAGAUGGACCAUCGCACAGGCUUCCCUGAGCUGGUCAUCCAACCCCGCUCUGAAAAGAACUAGACGAAGGAGGAGGACUUUAUUCACCUAUACUCACCUCCAUAUUUAUUUGGACAGUGAAGCAUUUUUUUUCCCUUCUCUAUAAUCCAGAAUUUGGGAUUUAAGAUCAAACGUUUCCUAUGAGGCGACAGUACAGAAAGUCACCUUUUCUGUUUUACUGUUAAGAUGUGAAAGCACUUCAUGUAUCUAGUUGCCCCAUUUAAAGAAGUCAUAAGUAUUUGGACAAAUUCACUUAUAGAGUAUUGAAGUGGUCUAAAGUUUAGUAUUUGGUCCUAUAUUCCUAGUACACAAUGAUUACAUCAAUCUGGUGACCCUACAAACUCGAUGGAUGCAUUUGCAGUUGGUUUUGGUUGUGUUUUGCCCAAUAGGAAGUGAAUGGUGAAUGAUGUCUGGAGUAGUUUUCUUUCUAAGUUAAUAGAUAAGAUGUUUCUCAACACUUCUAAAUGAAUCCUGUUAAUGCCACGCUUAAGAAAAAUCAGGAGAGAAUCAGGAAUAAUGACGAUCGAGAAGGUUACAGAGGCUACAACAAAACAUGCUAACCUCUCACCAUUACCUAUAACAGAGGCUACAACAAAACAUGCUAACCUCUCACCAUUACCUAUAACAGAGGCUACAACAAAACAUGCUAACCUCUCACCAUUACCUAUAACAGAGGCUACAACAAAACAUGCUAACCUCUCACCAUUACCUAUAACAGAGGCUACAACAAAACAUGCUAACCUCUCACCAUUACCAAUAGCAGGUUAGCAUUUUCAUUUAUUAAACUUCUGUAGCGCUUUUCAUAGAAUCUCAAAGUGCUUCAAGUAAUAUGAAACAUUUUAUCUCAAAUCCAAAAUGCUGGAGUAUAGAGCCCCCCCCCCCCCCAAAAAAAAUGCUUCACUGACUAAAUACAUAUGGAUGGGAGUGUAUGGAUGUCUAAUAGUAAUAUCUUCUCCUCUAGCAGUUUCAUAUAAAUAGAUUGUAAUGAGAUUUAAUUCAUUCUGCUUGACUACAAUGGCAGUGUAACACUUUAUACCAGAUAUUUGGAGACAGCUUUGUCUUUGUCGUUUUCUACACUGUUAUUACGCUUUUGUAAUGUAAUAUACUACGUUCACCAAGAGCAGCCUUAAUACAGCACGUCUCCCUAAUCUAA